CGAAUGUCACCAACCAAAGAUCCAUUAUUUUUUCGCAGCCUUUUUUGGUUCCCUCCAAAGGUCUCUUUGUCGCUUGUGAAGAGGACGACGAUGGUGUGAAGGGAGCAGUCCAUCCAAAAUGGUAUUUCGUUUACAAAUAGUUCAUAUCCUCGGAGCUCUCGGCUUUCUAUCGACAUCGUUUGUGGAUGGCCACUACACAAAAUUUAGGAACGAUGUUCUUCAAGCAGCGCAACAACCUGCUUGUUCCUUGAAUGGAGAUCUGGUAGAAGUAUUACAACCAUCGUUUGUACAUGGAGUGGAAGGAAAUCACUGCAUCUGCGACAAGCCAUGGAAAGGAGUGGAUUGUGGAAUACUGGAUGUUCUACCAGUUUCCUUUCCACAAGGCUAUGGCAUGCUACCCAACAAGACCACCUGGGGGGCCUCUCUUCUACACGUCAGUAAUCAAUUCCAUCUCUUUGUAUCCUCCAUUACGGGCGACUGUUCGCUCCGCAGUUGGCAUCCCAAUUCCAGAAUUGAACAUGCCGUGGCCGAUACCAUUACUGGUCCCUAUCAAUUCCACGACAUGGUGCUGCCCACCUUUUCCCACAAUCCCAAGGUUGUGGUACUGUCAUCCCAAAACCAAGAAGACUCGGACCUGCAAUUGGCCAUGUUUCAUAUUGGAGAUGCCACGGGACCCGAUCAAGCCAAAAAGGGAGACUGCAAGAAACAAUCCACCACGCCAAUUUUGGACACUGCUACAACCAACAGUCGAAAACUGGUGGACAAUGACGAGAUGCAAGAAACUGUCGGUGGGAAAAGCAGUGCGAUACAUUUGGCGACUUCCGUCCAUGGUCCCUGGACACCCUUGCUCAACAAUACACUGAUUGGAUGCAAUAAUCCAGCUCCGUUUGUGCAUCAUCCUGCCGACAACAACGAGGCACAACAGGAUGACAGUAGUAGUAUUGACUCCGGUAUCUAUGUGGUUUGUGGUCGCGCCAAUCACAGCGUCCUGAUGUACGCACAAGAAAUCUGGGGGCCGUGGAAGACGGUGAGUCAAAUCACGCCCUUUCCCGAGGACGACGACACUUCUACAACAAGCACAAGCAGCAGUCUGCACUACGAAGAUCCCAGCUUGUACAUUGAUCCCAAGCGAGGCGCCUUUCAUGUUAUUUAUCAUUUGUACGAUACACAAGAAAAUCCUCCACAUGGACACGACUGUGUCCAAUCGACCGUGUCGGCACAUGUCUUUUCUAGCGAUGGCAUUCACUGGUACAAGUCGCAAGGGCAACCGUAUACGACCCAAAUUCCCGUGGAGGAUAAUGAUUCUGCAACGACGACCACCACCAUUACAGUAGCCACACGAGAACGGCCCAGUCUGGUCUUUGAUCCUACGACAAAGGCCCUCACGCACUUGAUCACGGCGGUCUGUAGUGCCGAGAACUGUCCCGACGGACCACCGCAGGGAUGUGUCAAUUGCAAAUACGAUCAUUGGGAUUAUACUCUUGUUCAACCAUUGAAUCAUGCGUAACAACAAGAAUAUACGGAUGCACAUCAAGGAGCAGAGGAAACAACACCAAGCGAAACUGUCCUCCAUUGCUUCCGGAAAUAAAGAUGACAAGAAGACGUCUCAUUAAAGGGGACUACAAACGGAACUCAUCGAAGGAGUGCUAUCGGUAGCCAUGCUUCUGUGCAUCAUAAUUAUUUUACAGUCCUCCAGUCCAAUCUAUGCACAAUAGUUAAUGAUUCCCCAUUCCCAUUGCAGCAGCAAUCAGGUAAAACACAUUGGCCUCCGACGUUCUCGGCAAGAGAUGUGUCCAAUCUGGAUUGCUGUCCCAUAUAGGUGUAUGUACGAAGUGAUCCACCAGAUAGGUCACAUUGUACUCCAAACACACUCUCUGAACAAUGCCAUUGUAGGCAUCCAAUACCAUGGGGCUCCUCCAGUCCCUGGGAGGACAUGCUCCACUGAUUUGUCCACUUGGUCCAUUGUAGUGUAUGGGGCGGGCAAACACUUUACUUGUGCUAAUACCAGCGUCAACCAACUGUUGGAAGACACCUUGCAUUUGAGGAUAGUAUUCAUCCAAUAGAGUUGGUUUGCCAUGAUAGUAACAACUUGCAGGCCACUGUCCAAUGGCAACAAUGAGAUGGGUGCAUUGCGAUUGGAUGACAUCUUUGGCUUUAAAGUCGUUCGGAAAUUUGGCUUGGACCCAUUUCAAUUCUAUAUUGGUUGUGUUGGGGUUUAUUCCAAGUCGUUCUCCAGCUUCCAUCAACUCUUUUGAGUGACUGAAUCCGACAAAGCACACAAUUUGGGGGGCUGAUUGUUUCAAUAAUGAUAGUGAUAAAUCCUUUGUGGUUGUUGUAGUGGCUGGUAGCAGUGGAUUGCUGUUUCUAUUGUUGCUGUCGGUGGGCACCUUGGUCCAGCGAAAUUCAUAGGG